UUCUGGGCGGGGUUUUCUGGCCACAGGUGCUGGAAGGUUUGGCAGAUUCUGAGUGAGAAGUCGUCCCUGAGGGGAGGGAGCACGCUGAGCUGCCACUUUGUCGUCCAGCCAGAACCAGCCAUGCACACAGCAACUUUCUUCUUCCCCACGGCCCCCUUCAUCCUCUUUGUCUUCGCGGCUUCCACCAUAUUUCACCUUCAGCAGCGGCUGGUGAAGAUGCAACCCUCGUGGGAGUUAGAGAUGCUGGAGUCAAAGAUGGUGGAGACUCCCUCCAGCCCCCCGCGGAAGGGUAUGUGGACGAUCAAUGCAAUAGGCCGCCUGGGGAACCAGAUGGGGGAGUACGCCACCCUGUACGCCUUGGCCAAGAUGAACGGGCGGCCGGCCUUCAUCCCGCCCCAGAUGCACAGCACUCUGGCCCCCAUCUUCAGAAUCACCCUCCCCGUCCUGCACGACACCACGGCCAGCAGGAUCCCCUGGCGGAACUACCACCUGAACGACUGGAUGGAGGACCAGUACCGCCACAUCCCGGGGGAGUACGUGCGCCUCACCGGCUACCCCUGCUCCUGGACCUUCUACCACCACCUGCGCGCCGAGAUCCUCCAGGAGUUCACCCUUCACGACCACCUGCGGGAGGAGGCCCAGAGUUUUCUGCGGGGUCUGCAGGUGAAUGGGAGCCGGCCGAGCACCUUCGUGGGGGUCCACGUGCGCCGGGGGGACUACGUUCACGUUAUGCCCAACGUGUGGAAGGGCGUGGUCGCUGACCGGCGAUACCUAGAGCAGGCCCUGAACUGGUUCCGGACUCGCUACAGCGCCCCCAUCUUUGUGGUCUCCAGCAACGGCAUGGCCUGGUGCCGGGAAAACAUUGAUGCCUCCCGUGGGGAUGUGGUGUUUGCCGGCAGUGGCAAUGAAGGCUCACCAGCCAAGGAUUUUGCGCUGCUCAUGCAGUGUAACCACACCAUCAUGACCAUUGGGACGUUCGGGAUCUGGGCCGCCUACCUUGCAGGUGGAGAGACCAUAUACCUAGCCAAUUACACUCUCCCAGACUCUCCCUUCCUCAAAGUCUUUAAGCCCAAGGCAGCCUUCCUGCCAGAGUGGAUCGGAAUUGAGGCAGACCUGUCCCCACUACUCAAGCACUGAUGUUAGCUGGUCCUCUGGACCCCAUUCUCCUUUUUUGGCUCCCCCAAGGUCAGUGCCAAUGCAGGAGGAGCACAUUGUUACAUGUUCCAGGACACUUCCUCCUAGUAUCAGAAUGCUUCAGGCUGCAAGUAACAAAAGUCCCAAUGAACUUGUUUAAGUAACAUGUUCAUGAGUCUCA